GUCCCUAUCCGAAGGCGACAACUCAGUCUUCUCAGAAGGCGUCACUACUCCCUUGGAGCCCAACGCAGGCGCCAGCGAAGACAAAGACCAGGAGAACGCCAGCGGGAAUGAGUCGGAAGAAGUGGACGACAUAGAGCUCAUAUUCACCACUGACGAGUCUAAGGAUAUGAGCAAUUUGCAGGAGGAUCUCGUGUCCAUUCGCGACACAGACAACUGGGGACCUUCCUCUGCGUCCACCCACUCCACACCCGUUCUCAUCAAGUUCCACACCUUGGAUCCCGACUUCCAACCGGGAGGGGACGACAAAGACAUCUCUGGUACCGAAAACCAAGAAAACACUGACCUACAAGGAGUUAUCGCCGAGUCCUCCCUUAGAAACAAAAGAGUGUCGCUACCUAGUGACAAGGAUAUUAGACACGUCGCAUUCAACGGCAAAGGCAGCCUAGAUUUACCCAGUCGAGGGAUUCUGAAGAGUUACGAAAACAAAUCCGAUAAUAUGCUGUACAAAAAGAGUCCUAAUACCAGCACACGAAGGUUGGACAGUGUUGACAGUCUGACGUGCGAGUACAACCGCGGCCUAAGUUUCGACAAUACUAAGUCUUCUAGCUUUGAGUUAGGGUCUAGUAUGGAUAUUCUGCAUAGGGAAGAGAGUGUGGACAGCUUUCACAGGACUGGCCACUUCGGGCAUAGGUUUUCUGUGUUUGCUGAGACGGAUAUAUCGAAGUGCGGCAUUUCGGAGGACGAUCUCGCCGCCAAUUUGAAUGUGAGGAGGAAUACUUGCCCCAAUCCGUUUCAAUACAG